UCAAUUGAAGUGCUUGAUUCUAUCCGCUCAAUCAAAUACCAUAAUACCAGUCCUGCAAUUAUGGCGGCGGAGAAGGCCCUUGUCCCCGUCAACUCCCCCGUAAAGCUGACGGUGCGAGAGAAGCUUGACUUGCUACGAGCCGGUCUCGGUCUGCUUGCGACUGGCAUCGCUGCGGCCGUCACUGGCCUGGUGCGCCAGCAGGAUGGCGCCAGGUCAUACAGGACUCACAUCCGCCAUGCGGUCGUUCGGCGAUUCCUCUGGCGGAUGUCCAUAAGGCAGCUUCAUUUCAUCUAUCCAUCUACGGCGCAGAAUUAUGAAACGUUCUCGAAGAAGCGUCGCCUCAAGCCGGAUACCGUGCAGCUUGAACAUGGCGCUCAGGGGCACUGGAUCGGCAAGAAAGACGCAAAGAACGUAGUGGUCUACUUCCACGGCGGUGGAUUUGCGCUCCCUGCAUACCUGGCUUACUUCCAGCUGUACGCCGACAUGCUCAAGAAGCUCAAUGCAGCUGGCAAGGACGUCGCUUUCUUCUUCCUCUCAUAUACCCUCACCCCUGAAGGCGUUUAUCCUACACAGCUACGACAAGCCGUCGAAGCUCUCCGCUACAUCACUGUCGAGACAGGCCGUGAGCCUCAAAAUGUCUUGAUUGGCGGUGACUCUGCAGGAGGGAACCUGACGCUGGGCGUGCUUUCGCAUCUCUCCCAUCCGCAUGAAGCUAUCAAGCCGCUGGAACUAUCCGGUCCACUUGGGGGUGCGUUCACCAUGGCCCCUUGGGUCUCGAUGGAUAAAGAUUAUCCCUCAUACACCAGCAAUGCGAAGAAGGAUUACCUCUCGAUGAAGAGUGGAGAGUACUGGGGCAAGGCGUAUAUCGGCGACGGGAAGCUGGACAAUUAUAUCCAGGCCAACCAGGCACCGGUGGAAUGGUGGAAGGACGUCAAGACCAAGGCGCUGCUGGUGUUUAUUGGAGGGGAUGAUGUGCUUGUUGAUGCAGUCGGUCAAUUCGUUGACAAGAACAAGUCUGCCAUUCCAAAUCUCAAGUAUGUUGUUUGCGAGGGUGAGCCACAUGUUGGUCCUAUCUUCAAUCGUAUUAUGGGCGCAAAAAAAGAAACUGGAAUGGGCAGCACAUUGCGGCUUUGGCUCAUGGAGAAGUUGCCGUAG